GAAUAAAGAGAGCAGAUUAAUUUGAAAAUAAUCGCAGAAAACGAUAAUGGGAAAAGCUGAAAAGUUGUCGCCAUUUCUCACUUUCUAAGUUUCCACUCACAUGCGCUCCUGGAGUCCUGGGUCCAUUUUUCCUUGUUUAUACUGGAGCGGGCAUGAACCAUAAAUAAGAAGCAAAAAAUAUUUUAUUUUUUUUUAAAGGGAGAAAAAUCAUCUUUAUCCUUCCGAAUUGUAGUGUGAGUACUAGAGAAUUUCACAGAUUUAUUUAUUUGGGUUGUUUUUUUUCUGGGUUUCUCAGAGCUCCAGUUUCAAUCUGGAAGAAACCCAAAUGCCAAUCUUUCGUUUCUUCACAUUUAAUAUUGUGCUAGUAGUAUUUUAGUAGUUGAGGUUUGGCAUUUGGUCUUCUGGGUCUUCAGUCAAAGGGCAUAGUUGCAUAAGCUUGAAGGAGAUUCAUUGGGCUAUUGAGAUGGAGAAGAGAAAAUGGCUGUGGAAAAGGAAACCUUCUGAUAAGAGCUCUGGGGAAACUGAAAGUUCAGAUGAACUGGAAACAUCGAAAGAAUCACCGGACCACGACAAGCAGUCACCCGAGGUUACCUCGAAACCUGCUUCCACAGACGAUGAAGUUAAGGAAAAUCUAAGAUGUCUGACAGCAAAGUUAUCGGCUGCCCUUGUUAAUGUUAGUGCCAAAGAAGACCUAGUUAAGCAGCAUGCCAAAGUUGCUGAAGAAGCUGUUGCAGGUUGGGAAAAGGCCGAGAAAGAGGUAGCUGCUCUAAAGCAGCAACUCGAGGCAGCAGUACAGCAGAACGUGACACUAGAAGUUCGUGUUAGCCAUCUCGAUGGAGCUCUCAAGGAAUGUGUGAGGCAGUUGAGAAACGCAAAAGACGAGCAGGAGCAAAGAAUUCAAGAAGCUAUAGUCGAGAAGACCAUGGAAUGGGAAUCACUCGAGAAACAGCUAGCUGAGCUGCAGUUAAAAGCCGAGGUUUCUGAAGCUGAAUGUCAUAAGUCUGCUGAUCACGAUGUUCUCCAAAAGCUCGAACGCCUCGAGAAAGAGAACGCAGCUCUCAAACACGAACUCCUUUCUCGAACCAAGGAGUUAGAAAUUAGAACCAUCGAGAGGGACCUGAGCACCCAAACCGCGGAAACUGCUAGCAAACAGCAACUCGAAAGCAUAAAAAAGUUCACUAGGCUCGAGGCGGAGUAUCGGAGACUACAAGCUCAGACUCGCAAAUUGUCCGUAGCCAACGAUAAAAAAUCUUUCGCUGCUUCUUCAGAUAGCCAGUCCGAGAGUGGAGAGCAGUUAAAUAUAAUCGACACAGACUGCUGGGCUUCGGCACUGAUUGCUGAGCUCGAUCAAUUCAAGAAUGGAAAGUCCUCGUCUAAAAAUCUAGCAGCCGUCCCCGUAGAAAUUGAAAUGAUGGAUGAUUUUCUGGAAAUGGAAAGACUCGCAUCACUAUCUGAGAGCAAGAACGUGGCACCUGAAGCUACUAUCUUCACGUCUUCCAGCGUAGAGAAUCCUUUGAUGACGGAGCUUCAGACUAUGGCUCAACGAGUAUCAGAACUAGAGCAGAAGUUAGAGACAAUCGAAGCGGAGAAAACUAAACUGGGAAGUGCAUUGAAUGAUACCGAAGAUGCCCUUAAGGCAUCUCAGAUUCAGCUUAAGGAGGCAGAAAUCAAGUUGGAAGAGCUACAAAAGGAGCUAGCUGAAGCAAACGAGUCGAAAGAAUUGCUAGAGUUUCAACUCUUUGGAAUGGAAGUAGAAGCUCGGGCAAUAACCGCAAACAUUGACACUCUAAAGACCGAAGUCGAAAGAGAACGGUCCUUGUCUGCAGAUAUGGCACAGAAGUGCCAGGAUUUGGAGAACGAGAUAAGAAGAAAAGCCGAGAAAGUUGAUCUACCUCAGCCUGCUAGUUCAACCGAAGAACUGAAAGUAAAGCAGGAAGAUUUAGCUGUAGCUGCUGACAAGCUUGCAGAAUGCCAGAAAACAAUUGCAUCCCUCGGGAGACAGCUCCAAUCACUGGCCACAUUGGAAGAUUUCUUGACAGACACUGUAAACCUUCAAGGAUUCUCCGCUGCUGGUGUGGACCCAUGGAAGAUGCAUUUAGACGAGUCGUUUAACCAGAAACUCGAUUCAGAUCCUCUGGAAAUUCCCGAUCAAAAUUCUAGCCAUUCUAUGAAUGGAAACUACGAGGAAUCACCAGCAUCUUCUUCUUCAUCAUCAACUUCAUCAGCAAAUCAUGUCAGCAAUCCCAGAGGAAGGAAUGGCUUCGGAAAGUUGUUUUCGAGGAGCAAGAGCAGAACCCAACUCUAAAUUGAAUUUCUAUAGGUUGUGGUAAAUCUCAUGAAGAACACUGUUUUGUACUUGUGAAUUGGUUAAAUCCAUUUUAGCUAUCAUUUUGUUCUAUGAUUAGCAGUAGCUUCAAUGUGCUUCCAUAGUCUGUCCAAGAACUUUGGAAUCCAGUAAGGUAUUCAAUCUUGAAUAGUGAUACCAAAUGUAGCUUAUUAGUUAUGGAAAAUAUUGUGUACUCUUA